AUGGCUGAAAGAGGAGGAGAAGGAAAUAGACCACCGAGGAGGACUUUGGGUGACUAUGCUUAUCAACAAGGCCCAAAACAUUACAACAUCAUAGCAAUUCCUCCUUUCAGCAAUAAAGUCGUGGAAUUAAAGCCAGCACUGCUUAGUCCAAUUGGCUCACAUCCCUUUGCUGGAAUGGAUCAUGAGGAUCCAUACACACAUGUGUCUAGCUUCAUGGAAUUAUGCAGUACUAUGGGAGCUUCUGACGAAGAUGUUAAAGCUAUCUACCUCAGAGCUUUUCCAUUUUCAUUAACAGAUUUAUCAACACCAAAUUUUCCAUCGCGGUGUUUUCCCAAGGAUUUGACAAACCUCUCUGUGAGACGUGGGAGAGAUUCAAAGCUUUGUUGCGGAGGUGUCCAAACCAUAACUUUGAUGAUGCUGCAUAUCUUCUAUAGUGGUUUGAAACCUCAAACCAAGAUGAUCCUUGAUGCCUCAGCUGGAGGCACUAUGAUGUCCAAGUGUCCAGAGGAAGCUAAUGUAAUCAUUGACUCCAGAGUAGCCACUGAUGAUCAAAGUCAUCAUGAUAGAGCUCCAACACAAAGAAAAGGUAUAAUGGAGCUGGGACACUCAAAGUGA